ACCACAGCACUGACAUAAGCGCGUUACGUCAUGAGGAAACACGAUGUAAACAAAGUGAGACGGAUCAAUAACCUGGGUUAUUCCUUCUGAUUGUUUGUUGUUUAGCUCUAAUUUACGUCGUUUUCUCUGCGUGAGCGUUAGCCGUCUGGAGCUAACGUCAGCUAGCUGCCAGCCCGUUAGCUCCUCUGACCAUCAUGGAUGAUAACAAGAUGGUGGGCGGUAAAGUGAAGAAACCGGGCAAACGCGGCCGCAAACCCGCCAAGAUCGACCUGAAGGCCAAGCUAGAGCGGAGCCGCCAGAGCGCCCGAGAGUGUCGCGCCCGGAAGAAGCUGAGGUACCAGUACCUGGAGGAGCUGGUGUCCAGUAAGGAGCGAGCCAUCUGUGCUCUGCGGGAGGAGCUGGAGAUGUAUAAACAGUGGUGUUCCGCCAUGGAUCAGGGGAAGAUCCCGUCGGAAAUCAAAGCUCUUCUGACAGGAGACGAGCAAAAACCGCCUCAGGGCGGCGGCAUCAAGGUGUCCAAGAACAACAAGAACAACAACAACGCCAGCACCAAUGGUCAGAGUUAGAGCGACUGCAGAGCGUCGCCGCGCCAGAGAGAGAGAGAGAGAGAGAGCGCCUCGCUUGUGACGGACGUUAAAGACGAGGAGCGUCAAUCAUCCCCACACACGCACACACGACACUGUCGUACGUCCCGACAACAGAAAAUAUCUCUGUUAGUCUCGAGAAUCUAAAGUUCCAAGAACUUACGGGGGAAGAAAAGUUCUGUAAAACAUCAGAAUUAGGUCAAUUAUUGACGGUCACUGAGUUUAGUGAAAGAAUCUGAUGAGUCACUGUUUUUACUGUCACAGAAUGAUUUAAAUUAAUCACUAAAGAAUUUUCAGACGCAAACGAGUCACAAUUUGAAAAAUUCAAGCGAGACUUGUUUGGUAAGUCACAUGACCAAUGAAUGUCUAAGGAGGAAACAAGUGUGUGUGUGUGUGUGUGUGUGAAGUGUUUGACUGACACUGUGAAGGUCAAAGGUCAGAGCAGCAGAGUCCAGAUAUGACUCUGAUUGUAUUUUUU